AUUGCAUAAUAUUUCUGCAGAAAAAUGCAUCUAAACUAACACGUCGUCUGUGGGGUGCAGAGUGGCCUCAAAUGGAUGAUAAGAAUGAUUCUCUUGUACUGCGCAUUUCAAAGUGGCAUAUCAACAGAAAAGUGCAUCUGUGUGUCCUGAAUGGGACGCAUUGCAAUGCCACAGUAUCUCAGCUCACAGCAAAGGAAUGCAGUGCACAGAAGGAACCAAACUGUGUCUCCAGUCAAAUGAUCAACGGAUCUUGCCAUGCUAGAUGUUUGGAUACAGAAACUGUGUGUGAAAAUUCUACUUAUAAUGAAGACCACUGCAAAAAAAUGGAUACGCAAAAUCCAUGGAUCAAGGACAAGUACAGCAUCAACUUCACAAGUACAGGGAGCCAUUGCCUCAACUGUAAUAAUCCAGUGAAAAAGCCUGAGAGGACAAUUAAUUUGAAACAAAAUGUAACAGUUGAUAAAAAAGGAGAACUUGACCCUGCUCAAGCUGUUAAAAUCAUGAGCGAUAUUGCCAGCAUCGUUGCUUCUUUCAAUGAGUCUUCAGCUGAAUUGAAUGCAGGAGGGGGAGUCACGGGUGCCGUAGUGAAGAAAACGGAGCCCGAGGAUGUAGACGAAGUGUCCCUCGCUUAUUUAUCUCCGAAUGACUCCAUGAAUAUUAUAGACAGCAGAGAUUUUCUGCCUUCGUUUUCAAGAUCUGUUACAGUGUCAAAACAAGCUUUUGAAAAAGCUUUCGAUUCGAAUGUGAGUGAAGCAUUUGCAGCUGUUUUGCGAUUCAACAAUAUGGCUCAGGAUGAGUUGAACAGCACUGUUUUAGAUGAUGAAGUUGUAGCAAUUGAAAUGGGAGUUGCUAUCACCAAUCUCACAGACAAAAUAUCCAUCAAUUUUCGGAACUUGAAAUACGAAGGAGUUCCAAGUUGCCGAUCAUGGAAUGGUGAAGGAAACCUGCCAAACUGGACAGAUGAUGGAUGUGAGACAAUACAAGAUGGAGACAACAUUACAUGCCGGUGUUCGCAUUUGACAUUUUUUGCUAUCUUAUUGGCUCCCCUCAAUGAAACCAUCUCUAGUUCUGAUUUGAACGCCCUCACCAUCAUCACUCAAGUUGGCUGUGGCUUGUCCAUGUUCUUCCUCGGCAUAGUCCUCUUCAUGCACUUCCUUAUGAGGAAGAACAAGACCAGUAAGACCACCUGGCUCCUCAUCCACCUCGUGUUGGCCAUGUUCAUGCUUAACCUCACCUUCCUGAUCAACAGCUUUGUGGCAAAAAUGAAGAACUCAGUGGGUUGUAAGAUCAUGGCGGCGUUCAUGCACUACUUCAUGUUGGCCACUUUCACUUGGUUUGCUGUGCAGGCCUUCCACCUCUGCCUGCAGCUGUACACAGGGGGCAACAUUUCAAUUCAUCGCUACAUACUGAAAGCCUCCAUCACCAGCUGGGUUCUUCCGAGUAUAGUGGUGAUUGUCCUGUUCAUUUUAGGAAAAUAUGGUGAACAAGUUAUCCACACGGAUAACACUGAAAAUAAUGAAGCCAUGUGCUGGAUAACAGACAGUGACGUCCACUACAUUGUCAACAUAGGCUACUAUGUUUUGGUCUUCCUCUUCACCUUCACUACCUUCAUCAUCAUGCUGUCCUGGCUCUUUUGCCUCAAGAGAACCAAAGCAGGCAACGCACAAAUGAGCAGAAAUGGCAAAAAUAUUGUAACCAUACUGGGACUGUGCUGCAUGCUGGGCAUCACAUGGGGGUUUGCCUUCUUCGCCUAUGGUGCCCUCCGGAUCCCCUCCUACUACAUUUUCACGGCCCUGAACUCUUUCCAAGGUUUCUUCCUGUUCAUCUACUACUACAACACCAGACAGUGGGGAGAGAUAAAUGGUGGCGUGAACAAAAACUCAGACAGCAACAGCAGCGUUGCCACUCUUAACACCAGUCUAGACAACCACAAGAACCCCUACACCAACCAGCCAGGCAAAAAAUAAAGUCUUUGAUGGGGACCAAGGAGUGAUGGAGAGCUUGACCUACAGACUACAAGCAAGUACAAGGAAUUCAGUAUAAAGUGUAUCGAUUUACUGUAUAUCAAUGUGGAGUAUAUCAGAUGACACUGCAUGUUCUGUUCAGGUUUUUCCUAAUUUCAUGGCAACCAUUUGAUUGUAGUUCUCAGACUUAUAUAUGAGUAGUGGUGAUUCACUGAUACAAAUAGAUUGAAUAUUUAAUUUUCUUUUUGGUAGAAUAGGAUCUACAUAUAGCUGCUAUUGUAAACUGUUCUGCUGAUGUGUGGUAUUGGUACCUAUCAAAAGAUGUAAUGAAUGAUUGCUUUAUGAUUGAAUGAUCAUCAAGAUCAUCAGCCCUUUCUUUACAACAUGUCAUGAUUUUUUAUUGCUUUUUUAUUUAUGAGACUAUUUGGGAGAAAUUCAAGGUGCAGUGUGUAGAUUUUAGUGGCAUCUAGUGGGACAGA